AUGAGCUACAACGACGACCAGCAAGGCGGCUAUGGAGGCGGAAACAAUUAUGGCGGUGGCGAGGAGCGACGUGGAGGUGGUCGGGGAGAAUAUGGAGGAGGCCAGGAUAACUAUGGAGGUGGACAGCAACAGGGUGGCUAUGGUGGAGGUAGACAGGAAGGUGGUUAUGGAGGCGGCCAGGAUAACUAUGGAGGCGGACAGCAACAGGGUGGCUAUGGUGGAGGUAGACAGGAAGGUGGUUAUGGAGGAGGCAGACAGGAAGGUGGCUAUGGAGGAGGCAGACAGCAAGGCAAUCAGGGGGGUUAUGGUGGAGGGGGUAACAUGCCACAGGGCGGCAACUACGGUGGAGGCGGAGGCUAUGGAGGCAGCGAUGACGAUGAUCUGUCCAGCGCAGCUCAUCACGCUCAACAACACGCAGGAGAUUCAGGCGACUCUGGACUCUUCUCUGGCGUCUUGAGCCAACUUGGUCAGAACAAGCAUAACAUUGGAAACCAGCCAAUUGAUGAGCAACAUGCUGUCCAAUCUCAUCAGCAGUUCUUCGGCGGAGGAGGCGGUGGCGACCAACAAGCUAGCUCCGGUUCAAUGGGUUCUGCUGCUGCCAUGCAAGCGUUGAAGAUGUUCACUGGUGGUGGAAGUGGCAACUCUGCAAGCGGAAAUUCUCAGAAUGCCUUCGUUGGUAUGGCAAUGGCUCAAGCAAGCAAGCUGUUUGAUAGCCAGUCUUCGCAGGGUAAUGUUGCUUCUGGGGCAUCCAAAGAAUCUGCUGUUCAGCAAGCUGGAGAGAUGGCUUUAAAGAUGUACAUGCAGAGCCAGGGAGGCGGUGCGUCCGGCUUGAUGGGACUUGCUAGCAAGUUCUUGUAAAGGGGUCUGAACUGGCAAUAAGGUGAUCGGUAUUCGGGACAUGGGAAAUGAGAAACGAUCUUUGCGAUGGCCUUUAUGAUUCUUUACGAGAAAAAAAUAGCUCGAUGCAGUUGGUAGAGCAAAUGCGACGAACUUACUAUGCAAUCUGACAUUGUAUGAAGGACGAGGAGACUUUCGUGCUCUCACACCUUAAGUCAACGAUUGCAGACUUUAUCCCUAGAUCUUGAGUGAUAUAGAAC